AAUCUACCCUGUACGUCGUUUUUGAUUGAAUGACACUCUCGUGACGCAUGCCGUGACCCCGCCCCCUGUCUCGCGCCCCUCACCCUCUCUGGUUCCUUCUUUGCUCAGGCGCCAUUUUGUCGUUUCGAGCAGCAGCAGCGAGAUUAUCAUCAUGAGUGGAUGUCGAGUGUUUAUCGGCCGUCUGAGCCCUCACGCCCGGGAGAGAGACGUGGAGAAGUUCUUCAAGGGUUAUGGACGCAUUCGGGAGAUCAACCUGAAGAACGGUUUCGGCUUUGUGGAGUUUGAUGACCACAGGGACGCUGACGAUGCCGUGUAUGAGUUAAAUGGAAAAGAGCUCUGCAAUGAGAGGGUCACCAUUGAGCAUGCUCGCUCUCGCCGCGGUCGAGGAGGUGGGGGAGGGGCAGGCAGCCGGUUCUCCCCACGCUUUGGAGGCUACCGUCAAUCACGCAGUGCAGGAUCCAGGUAUGGGCCCCCGGUACGCACGGAGCACAGGAUCGUGGUGAAGAACCUGUCGACCCGUAUCAGCUGGCAGGACCUGAAGGACCUGAUGAGGAAAGUGGGAGAUGUGACGUUCGUGGACGCUCACAGAGCAAACCAGAACGAGGGAGUGGUUGAGUUUGCCUCGCACAGCGAUAUGAAGAACGCCAUCGAGAAGCUGAACGGCACUGAACUGAACGGUCGUAAACUCAAACUGUACGAGGACCGAAAAAGAAGCCGCAGCAGAAGUCGCUCUCGCAGCUCCUCCCGUUCCCGCUCGCGCUCGCGCUCCAAAUCCCGGAGUCAGAGUCGCAGGCGCGAGGAGAAGCGCGACAGCAAGCGUGAGAAACGGUCUCACAGUCGCUCACGCUCAGCCAGUCGCACGCCAGAGAAGAAAACAUCCGCCAAGUCUGAGUCCCGCUCCCGCUCUCGAUCCCGCUCUCCAACUCCCAGGAAACAGUCUCGCUCCCGCUCAGCCUCCACUGAGAGCCAGCACUGAGUGUGUGUUUGUGUGUGUGCGUGCGUGUGUGUGUGGUGAAAGAGAGAGAAUGAAUGAGUUUUGUUUAAAGCUGAGAGUCUGUGUUAAUCUUGGACUGUUUGUGUAUCUUUACAGAGUGAACUUUAUUAACCUUUUGAUUUUUAUUUCAUGUCUGUGUGAGCUUUAUUGGUAUGUGUGUACAGACGGUGACUGAUAUGCACAGGUGUAGGGGAUUGGACCACACGCUCUGGGACUGAGGCGCGAUUCCAUGUGCAUGUGUCUUCUUUUUUUUUUUUUUUAAACACACUUGAGUGUGUUCAUCACACCUGCUACUAUGGUGGCCGUGUGUUUACACACUUAACGAAGCAGAAGAGUCGACUCUCACACCCCGAGCGUGCACCCGUCCACCCACUACACCUGCUGUAGGGGCAGACGUAUUUUGCUUUUUGUUAUGUAGUAGAGAUGUCAUUCAAUAAAAAACAGGACCAGA